AUGCUCAAGACAAUUUGGCAUAAACUCUGUAGGACAGUAACCAUGAGCUCAAGAGGCAAGGUGAUCGUUGUAGCGGGAACCACAGGGGUCGGUAAGUCUCAAUUGUCCAUCCAAUUGGCAGAGCGGUUCAAUGGUGAGGUGAUCAAUUCGGACUCGAUGCAGGUCUAUAAGGGAAUCCCCGUAAUCACGAAUAAACAUCCUGUUCAGGAGCGGAACGGCAUUGAGCACCAUGUGAUGAACCACGUCGAUUGGUCCGAGGAGUACUUCCUGCAUAGGUUCGAGAAGGAGUGUGACCAGGCGAUCUCUGACAUCCAUAGCAGAGGUAAGUUGGCCAUCAUAGUAGGUGGAACCCACUAUUACCUGCAGUGUUUGUUCAACAAGCGCAUUGAUGCUGUCUCAAGGGAGCUUUCGGAGACGGAGGCGGCUAUGCUGGAGUCGGAAGACCCUCAGUCGCUGUACGACACUUUGAAGGAAUGCGACCCAAGGAUUGCUAGCAAAUUCCAUCCAAACGAUGUCAGAAGAGUCAAAAGAAUGCUGGAGAUUUUCUACAAAACUGGCAAAAAGCCUAGUGAUGCAUAUGCUGAACAGCAAGUGGGCCUCCGCUAUGAUACGCUAUUCUUUUGGCUCUAUAGCGACCCUGAGCCUCUGAACAGCAGGCUCGACGACCGGGUGGAUAAGAUGCUAGAGGUGGGAGGCAUGGCAGAGAUUAAUGAACUUUACGAGUGCUAUAAAUCCAAGAAUUACGAUGUGGACCAGUGCGAGAACGGCGUGUGGCAAGUCAUUGGAUUCAAGGAAUUCUUGCCCUGGCUGGAAAAGCAACCGAAUACUUCCUUCGAGGAAUGCGUGGAUCGAAUGAAGAUUAGAACUAGGCAGUAUGCUAAGAAGCAAGUGAAAUGGAUUAAGAAAAUGCUGAUUCCUGAUAUAAAUGGUGACAUUUACCUUCUCGAUGCCAGCGAUCUUUCUAAAUGGGACGCCAAUGUAGCAGAAAGAUCAACGAAGAUAACUGAAAACUUUGUCAAUGGCGAACCUAUGUCCCAGGAGAGAGCUCCUGCUGGUUUAGUUGCUCUUCUAGAUCACAAGAGCGAAUGCCGGACCCCGAUGAGCGAUACACAACAAUUCACCUGUGACAUAUGUUUUGAUAAAAAUGGAAAGCCGCUCGUCGCUGUCGGCCAAGGCAAUUGGGAGAUUCAUAGUAGAAGCAGGCGACAUAGAUCGAAUCUUACCCGUGGAACCCGUAAGGCCGCUUACGAAAAGUGGAAACAAGCAAAGGAAAAAGAUGUUGAAGGCGAGUAA